UUGGAAACAAAGACUAAAAUACGAAAAAAGCUAGCCCAUCUAUGGUGAAUGUAUUAGAGGAGGUGGAUAAACCUCACUUACAGAUAAUUCCCCCGGAUGAGGAUGACAUAUUUGAUAAAAGGAGACUUUGGACAUGACUGAAACGGAGCGAAGCGCUGGAGAUAAAAUGAAUGUACAGACGAAAUUUCGAGAUUUAGUACAUGAAAUAGAGACAUUGCCAUUCUGUAUUAAAUUGUUUCAGAGAUAUUUGAUCACACAUGAGGAAAUGAAUUCCAUUCAUGCUGCACUCAAGUCGCACAGUACAAUAGAUGCCAACGUGGAACUUCUAAACAUAUUGAAUACGAAGGAUAUAAAAAAGUCAGUAAUGGCAAAUAUUUUAGGAGAGGUGGAUCAACAUAAUUUACUGGCAAUGUUUUAUCCUCCGGAUGACACUGAUGUAGUGCAAGAGGAAAAAGAAGGUUCAAAUGUCUUUGAGACAUACCGAAGCACUGCAGAAGAAAUGAACUUGAAGAAAAGAUUUCCAGACUUAGUACAGUACAUGUAUAUGCCGACAAUAUGUGUCCAGCUGCACAAAAAAGGUUUGAUUACAUGUUUUCAAAAGUACAACAUCAAUGUUAUCUAUAGGUCAUAUGGUAAUGCACAGGCUAACAGAGAACUCCUGCAAAAAUUGAGUACGAAGAGUAUUGAAAAGUCAGUAAUGUUAGAGAUAGUAAAUAAUGCGCACCAACUACAUUUAUUUGACAUGUUUUAUCCCUCGGAGGACACUGAUGUAGUGCAAGAGGGAAAAAAAGGUUUAAAUGUUAUUGGGACAAACCGAGGCUCUGCAGAAAAAAUGAACUUUAAGAAAAGGUAUCCAGACAUAGUACAAUACAUGAAUGCGCUGACAAUUUGUGACCAGUUGUACAGCAAAGGUGUGAUUUCAAGUUUGGAAAUGAGAUCCGUCCAGACUGAAUAUAAAUUACAUGAUGAAGCACAUGCUAAUGAAAAACUCCUGCAAAUAUUGAAUAAGAUGCUCAUUGAAAAAUCAGUAUUUGCAGAUAUUUUAAACAAUGCGCACCAACUACAUUUACUGGACCUAUUUUAUCCACAGGACAACAUAGACGCAUCCAUUGACAUCGAAAUAAAGCAAAGCUCGGCAGGGUCUAAAGAAAAGAAAACAUUUCAGACUUACAAUAGCGGAGCAUCAACUCUUGCUUUAGAAACCAUACUCCAGGAUAGCAACCCAGAUGAUAAUACUAUCAAGAUACAUUUUGACGCCCCGCCUAAACGUGAAGAAGAAGACAUAGCCACUUGCCGUACUUCAGCAAGCGAUAUUGUUGAAAUUCUGGCGAAUCAUUCAUUCAAAACUCGUUAUAAAAUUCCAAAAAUGGUAGAAUUUGCUAGCCUGUCAUUUGGACAAAAGAGAAUGGCGUGUACUUUUUCAACACAAGCCUUUUGGAAUAUCAAACAGAGGUUAGGUGAUAGAUAUACACCUAGACUUGCAUGCGUGUCUUUAAUGAAAUCAUACCUACAUUACUACAAUAUUAACAAAGAUGAUUUUGAAUUUGAAAAGAACGCAUUUGCAAGAUUAGUCAUACUGGAUUAUAUUUGUUAUGCUCUCGUUCGAAGCCAUCAGAAUAUCGUUGAAGCUUACCCGUCAAGUAAGGACUCGACAAUUUUAUUGAUUGCUUUUACGAUAGACGUUCAAAAAUCUUCAGACUUUAUAUUUAAUGGGUUUCAAGUUUGUUGCAAGUCCUAUUAUGUAAGCUCAUAUGAGUCGAUUUCUGCAGAAAACUAUGCACAAGAGAAAGACUUGCAUUGCCCGUUAGGAGAUGAAUUGCUUAAUGGUGUCAUCCUAUCAAACACCAAACUAUUAUUUACAAAUCACAGCAAUCUUGAAGGUAUUGGUUCAAGUAUGGUCAGAUCAACGAAAAAUGGAUAUGAUACAACUGCACCUUGUGUGGUACUUUACUGUAGGUAUAAAUCUUACAUACCGUAUGGUGAGCAAAGGUUUCCAGAAUUCCUCACCCAUUCUAGUGGUAUUUCAUUUAAAACUGAUGUACGGGAUGGAUAUUUCAGUUUUGGCACAAAUGGUAAUACACUGCAAGGUGCUGCAACGGAGUGGCACAAAGAAGUAGCCAUGGGUUGCAGCGUGGGGCCGAAAAGUGGACAGUACGAUGCAACCAUUGGGCCAUUUGUAAAAGUUGAUGGUAUUGGCGAAACCUGUUUCCUGACAGUCAGGCAUAUGUUCCAGCCCUUCGAUCUAGAUGACCGCCGAUUACAAGGAACUAAACUUAUGCAGCCGGCUGAUGGAGAUACUAAGCCCGAUCCAUACAGUCAAACUUGUCAAAGAGGACCUGGUAAUGAUAGAGAAUGUGGCGAAGUCUUAAUGAGCGUUUUUAACGAGAGGGUUGAUGCAGCAGUUGUCAAAAUAAAAGCUGAUCGUUCUCCGAGCAGAGGAUAUUUCGUUGUUCCUAGGGAAAAUGAACUAAAAUUUGCCGGAUUUUCCCAUACAAACUUUCCAGCCUUUGAUGAUGGAUCAGUGAUGGAUGCAAGAACAUUCACGACGGAAAACUUUGCUUCAGAAAGAGUGAUCAAAUUUGGGAAAGUCACGGGAUUAACGAAAGGAUCAUUGGAACUCGACUGUACGGCAGUAAAAGUUGUGGACGAGGAGAAAUUGACCAUAGAGUACAAUGGGCGUACUGUGAGUAAGGUUAUGCAAAACCAGCUAAAAAUUAAUUCUCACUCACUGAAAACAUUUUUUCAUAUCGGGGAUUCUGGAUCAGCAGUGUUUCUCGUUGACAAGCAAAAUAAAUUACAUUGUAUUGGGAUGGCAAUUGGUUUACUGUCCGAUCUGUCAUGCCUUGUUACACCCAUACAAGUUGUUUUGUCAGAGCUAGAGAAGAAACUAAGUAAGAAAAUCUUACUCGAGGACUUUAAGAUGGAAAAUAUGGAAUAGAUAAAACCUAUAUUUGAUUUCUGGAAAAUUCGGCGAGUAUUUGUAUCAUUUCUUAAUGUGCAGGUACCUCCCAUACGCAAUGACUGUCUUAUUGAAAUACUGGAAACUGGGUUGACGUAAUUUCUUAUUUUUGUUACAUUGCUUUAUGCAGCUAUAGAAGUGGUAUUUCGUAUCAACCUAUCAUGUGAAACAUCUAUUUCAUUAGAGUAUUUUUAUUAAUGACGUAAGUUAUAAGGACAUGUGUAUAAUUUCAUCUUUCUAAUACCUUAUAUAUUGACUGAUUCUGACACAUAUAUAUCCAGCUAGCUAAUGUGGCGUGGAUCCAGGUAUUGAUACAUGUUAUUAUGUUCGUAAUGAUCUCGUACGAAGACAUAAAACUCCAUUUAGGAUCUUAGUUUCAUUUAAUUCCUCCAAAUGGAUGAUCGUUUCAAUAUUUGAUGUACAUGAUAUAUUUCCGCAUAUCAUCAAAGUUAUUUUCUUAUAUAAAAUGUAAAUGAAUGAUAUAUUUGUAUCAGUGUAUACAUAUAUUGUUAUCAAGAUAACAAAAUGUUGUAUUAAGGUAGGUCUGCACGUUCGGAUCGAUUUUUUUUCUACAAUAUAGAAUUUGAUUAAACCCUGAUUUUUCAAUCUUCAGAAUAUACCUAGAAAAUCCAGCAAAUAACAAAGACAGGGUGGUGUGUUUGGCAUUUUGCUAGACUGAUUUGAAAUAUUUGGACCUCACGCAGUUUUACAUAAUGCGAUUCUCUUUCAUAUUAUUUUCAUGAAAAGAACUUUUAAUUAAACUUCUCACAGUCGUAAAUAAGCAUAUGGUCCAAAACUUGGUGAAAUGAAAUGUAUAGUAUAGGCCCGUGUGCUUAUUUCAGAGAUAUUUGACCAUGGUUAAAGUGAGCCGCUUAUUUUAAGACAUUAUCUUCAAUAAUUUAAUGUAUCAGAUGUUUCAGUGCCAUUGUAAUAAAUUUACCCACGGGUCUCCAUUAAUUCAUAAAAUAAUUUUCAAUCCGUUUUCCGGAUAAAUGAGGUUACGCCCUCACUACCGCUUUAUCAAACGUGCGGAACUAUCGUAAUCUUCGGUUUGUUACAUAACAGACUAUAAUGCAGGGAUAAAGCAUGUUUGUUUUUCGUAUUAUAACAUCCGUAGAAUCCCAGGAGAUUGGUAGGUGCCUGAGUCCGGUAGAUCGAGGGUACCAACAUUUCCCUAGGGAUUCUGAAUAAUUAUGUUAUAACACGAAAUGAAUAUGCGCUAAUACCCUGGUCACAAGAACGCUACGAGCUCCGCACGAGUAGGUUUUCAGUCGAAUUUUUGGCAAACUCUGAUAUCGUUGAUUCGUACGACCGUCGUUGGGAUUUUUUGAACUCGUAGAGGACUUAGGAACUCGGUUAUAAUGUAAUGGAAAACUGCUUGCUCUGUCCGCAUGGGGCUCGCAGGGUGUUACGAUCAGCUGAGUGGCUAUAAAAGGACAUCUUUUUCAGGCAUCGUAAAAUGAGUUUAUUCUUGUCGCAGGGACACCGUACGAGCGCCGUACAAGCCAACGGAUAUCGCACGAGAUACGGCCUGGCUCCUUGCGAGUUCCGCAAGACUUGUCUGCGAUGUCCAUACAGAUAUCCUACGAUUGUAAAUGCAAAUUUUUCGGACGUCGCCACACUGAUUUAUUCUUGUCGCAAGGACACCAAGCGGACACCGUACGAGUGCCGUGCGAGCGCCGUACGAACUCGUGAGCACCGUACGAGGUACGGCCGGGCUCCCUGCGAGCUCCAUACGACUAGUCUGCGAUGUCAGUACGGAUGUACUACGAUUGCAUCCUCUACAGAUCGUACGGGACCCGUAGGUACUUUGACCAGGGGCUACGAUUGUACAGAAAUCGUAAGGAUUCUAAAAUUGGGGGACUCGUACGAUUUUUUAAAACCGUACGGACAUCGUACGGUUUUGUGACCAAGGCAUAUCUCUAUUCUAAUAUAAAACACCUAAAAACUGAUAAUUUAAUAUAUUGUUCAUCAACGUCAUUAAAUUUCAAUGAAAUGCGCGGGAAUGUCUGCGUUAAUUUUUUUUCCCGUUUACGUCAUGUCAUGUUGAGUUAUCCGUUUUUUUUGGCCGUUUAUAUUUUGCCACGGAAUGUGCAUAUAUAGCAAUUUGCAGUUUUUUUUAAACAUUAUAUGUAAUUCUUUCAGCUGUAUAUGUGGUGCAUAUCAGUGUAUAAAAUUAUGUAGUGUUUUUAAUUGUGUAAGCUGUGAGUUUAACUUUGUGUCGGAAUAACUUUGUGUGCGGUGUUUUCAAGUAUAUAUGCGAUAGUGUAAACUUGAAAUGAAGUGUUUUAACUUCAUAUUUGCGUUUGUAUCUUUAUGUGCGGUCCUUGCAGCUAUGUGUGUGGUUCUUCCAUCUUUGUAUGAGGUACUUGCCACUGUACGUAGAUUUCUUAUAGAUUUAGAAUCACGUGCUGUGAUUUCAGCUGCAUAUGCGGUGAUUUUA